GAAGAUCCCGCAGAGAUUAAUGCCGCCUUCAGAAAACUAGCGGCUGACGCUCAACUGGCAACGUCUGAGUUCAGAAACGAGUUGAAGGAUGACUAUCUCAAACAACAACAACGAAUAAAGGAACGUGUUGAUCAGAUUUCGUGCUUAAUGAGUGUACUCAAGGAGGAUCCUUACAUUAAGAAGGCAAUCGAACAAAACGGCUACGAUGUGGAUAUUCCUGGUAUUCCUGACUUUUGA